AUGGCUACAGUAUCUCAAUUCUCAAAGGCUGGCGUCCGCCUGUUCUUGCAACAACUCCAGGUCAAUCCCGUCGACGUCACUGAGUGGGACCCGACGAUGCGACUGUGGCUGCUUCGCGAAGGGUUUAUCGACUUCACCAUCUACGGCCGCCGUGUGGGCUCAGCUCCCCGGCUCGCCUUGAUGGCUGUGUCCCAAAGUGCACUUACAUUCCUCGCCAAGCACCCGCGUGCACCAGCAAUCGACUUCACUUUCGAUGUGCCCGUAGUACAAGUACGGAAAGAACAGGGUCAGACCAAGCUCAUUCACGCGAAGACGAAGAUGUCGGAGGCUCAGAUUAGGGUCCAUGAAGCUGCCCUCGUUACAAUCUCACAAUGGCUUACAACAUUGUGCACACCUACUAUGGUGCCACUUGCUGGAGCAAACCUUCCGAUCGAGACGUGCAUCCGCUUCAUCUGCGCCCAUACUCUACGCGCCCCAGAGUAUGUUCAACACCUGACCGACAAGUUCAUUACAGAUGCAAGUAAACUUGCGCUGAGCUCACAGCAAGUGACUGAGCUUGUCAAGUCGUGCCGUGGCGAUGAUGACCCGUUACUCAUCGGCCUUGCUGACAAGUUGAUCGGGAAGAAGCUUGACGGUCAGAUCGCUACAACACAACUUGACAUCUUCCUUUGUACAGCCGGCAACGAGCUGUUGAAGAAAAAGGUCGAGGUCAUGGAGAAAGAGAUGGGUUUCCAGAUCAAGGACACGGGCUCGAAUGUGAGAUCCAAGGUUCAUCUUGAAGCGGUUGCUUCGCCAUCACAGACGGCAUGGGAAAAGGACUUGGGGAGGCUUAAUGAGAACAAAUACGAUGGAGAGACGGAUUUCGGAACAGAUAUUGUCGAAGUAGACGCAGAUGGUUGGCAGAUCCUCCCUAGCGCAAGCGGAGGCGGGACACACUCUGAGAGGCAAAAGACUACUCAUAGAAAGCAUAGUGCGUAG